GUAAUGGCUCGCUCUAGGCGUCGCAGUAUGUUGUUUGUCCUAACGCUCCGGAUCAUGUCUGGGCAGAGGAAAGGUGCUGCAGCUCGCCUGCCUAAAUGCGCCUUUUGUCGAACCAGCCGGGAAAAGGACUGUGGACAGCUGCUGGUGUCGGACAGCCAGAAGGUGGCAGCCCACCAUAAGUGCAUGCUUUUCUCCUCUGCCCUGGUCUCAUCGCACUCGGAUAAUGAAAACAUUGGAGGGUUUUCCGUUGAGGAUGUAAAAAAGGAGAUUAAAAGAGGAAACAAAUUGAUGUGCUCAUCAUGUCACCGGCCUGGUGCUACUAUUGGCUGUGAUGUGAAUACAUGUCGAAGGACUUACCACUAUUACUGCGCUGUAAAGGACAAAGCCCAGGUUAAAGAAAAUGCUUCACAAGGAACUUACCUUGUGUACUGCCGCAAACAUCGAGAUGCGUCUGGAGAUGGCAUUGAAGACGCUGAAGAAGCUGUAGCCAAUGAUUCGGACUCCUCGCUGCCACAAAAUAGAGGCCGAGGAAGGUUUGAGAAGGGAAGAUCCAAGGUUCGUGGACAGUCAGAAGACAACUGCUCCACUUCCUCUCAGGCUGCAGAUGAGGAGACGUCCUCACAUCGGGAGAGGUCCCCACUAAGGGCCAGUCCAGAUAACAGCGGCCAGCGUUGCGGUUUUUGCCAUGCUGGGGAUGAAGAAAAUGAAACGAGGGGCAUGCUUCAUACUGAUAACUCCAAAAAAGUGGCUGCUCACUACAAGUGCAUGCUUUUUUCAUCUGGAACAGUUCAGUUGACUACUACAUCACGGGCCGAGUUUGGGAAUUUCGACGUCAAAACUGUAAUCCAAGAGAUUAAAAGGGGCAAACGAAUGAAGUGUACACUUUGCGCCCAGCUUGGCGCAACCAUUGGAUGUGAGAUCAAAGCUUGUGUGAAGACUUACCACUAUCACUGCGGUGUGCAGGACAAAGCCAAGUACAUUGAGAACAUGGCUCGUGGAAUCUACAAACUAUAUUGUAAGAACCACAGUGGCAAUGAGGAACGGGAUGAGGAAGAUGAAGAACGAGAGAAUCGUAGUAAAGAAAGAGCAGCAAUCGACCACAGAGGAACACCGUCAAUGCAAGUGAAUGGCAAUUAG